AUGAGUGCAGAGCGUGGACAGCAACAGCAGCCGCAGUCUAGGGGUCGCAGGGGCCGGAGCUCUGGAGGCAAAACGUCCAAAAGGCAUAGCCAGCGCAAAGAACCCUACUCGAUGUAUAUCUACAAGGUGCUGAAGCAGGUGCACCCCGACAUCAGCAUCUCUGCCAAGGCCAUGAGCAUCAUGAACUCGUUUGUGAACGAUAUCUUUGAGCGGCUAGCAGGUGAGGCCGCCAGGCUGGCCCAGUACUCGGGCCGAAGCACUCUGACUUCCCGGGAAGUUCAGACAGCCGUACGUCUGCUGCUGCCUGGGGAGCUGGCCAAGCAUGCUGUGUCAGAGGGCACCAAAGCCGUCACCAAGUACACCAGCUCCAAGUAACCUGCCAUUUAGGGUG